CUCUGGGCGUUGGACUCGGGCUGGAUCUUCAUCACUAAAAGAUUUUCUCCGCGGCGGGGAUUUAAUUCUGCACCGAGCCGAAGGGUCUGAGUCGGAUCCGCGCUCCAGGCUUAUAUCUGUGUUUACCUCCAGAGGAGAAGGUUCUAGAGCAGGGGGACUGUUUGUGUGCGCGCUGUGGGUUCUUUGUUGGAGAGAGAGAGAGAGAGAGAGAGAGAGAGAGAGAGAGACAGACAGACAGACAGACAGACAGAUAAAGAUGGGAGCGCAGACAUCUAAAUCAGAAACCCUGGCUGAGGCUGAAGCAGCGGUUGGAUCUCCAUCCAAAGCCAACGGACAGGAGAACGGCCACGUGAAGGUGAACGGAGACGCAGCAGAGGUGAAGGAGGAGGUGCAGGUGAAUGGGACUGCUGCAGCUGAGGGAGAGCAGGAGGCAAAGCAAGAGAAGGAGGGUGGAGAUGAAGCUGAGGCCACACCCACUGAAAAAGAGGGAGAAGAAGGAGAGAAAGAAAACGUUGCAGCAGAUGAAUCUGUUGCGGCUGCUGAUGAUGAGAAACCAUCCACCAGUGAGGAGACACCAAAGAAAAAGAAGAAGCGUUUUUCCUUCAAAAAGUCCUUCAAGCUAAGUGGCUUCUCCUUCAAGAAAAACAAGAAGGAGGCAGGAGAUGGAGGGGAACAGGAGGAGAAGAAACCAGAGGAAGAGGAGGAGAAGAAAGCGGAGGGAGGAGAGGAGGUGAAGAAGGAAGAGGAAGAAGGUGAAGCAGCUGCUGCUGAUGAGACCAAAGCUGAGGAGGAGAAAAAAGAAACAGAAGAAGUGGAGAAAAAAGAAGAGGAGAAAACAGAGGGGAAAGAUGAGAAGAAUGUGGAGGAGCCAGAGGUGGAGGAGAAAGUGGAGGAUCCAAAGGUAAUAGAGGCAGAGCAAAAAGAGGAGAAAUCGGAGGAAGGGAAUCUGAUAACACAGAAGGAAGUGAAGACGGAGGACGAACCUGUUGUAGUUGCUUCACCUGUUCAACAAGAGGCACUGAGCAAAGAUGAAGCAGAUGAAGUGGCUACAGCUGAGCAGGAAACGGCUCAAACAGCUGAAGCUGGAGGAGCAGAGUAACACACACAUACACACACACACACACACACACACACACAUACACACAACAUGUUUUUUUCCUUUCAGUGGGGUUAUCUUUAAUCAGCCAAUCACAAACUUCAUGAGGUGACAUCAACCACUAGACCUGCACUAAAGUUAUAAAACUAAAAUGAUUUUAAUCACAUGAUUAUGUUUUAUGAUUGGCUGAAUAAGUUUAACCCAAGCCCCGCCCACCCUUGACCCUAAGACACUCUGCAGUAUGCAGUGUGAAGAUGCACACACACACACACACACACACACACACACAUCCAGGAUGUUACCCUGUUCUAUGUAAUAUUUUUGGCUAUUGUUUUAUAAAAAAAUUACCCCCAUCUCUCUCCUUCUCCCCCCCCCCCAUUUUCAGUGAGUGGGCUGAGCUAAACAGAUUAAACAUAGUAAUAAUCUACAUUUUUUAAAACCCAGUAUUAACUGUUUUAUCAUUUUCAAUAUAUCAACACUUAAGACCAAUUUGUGAAGUCUUCAGUAAACACUAAACUAAUUUUUAACUGAAAUUUUUACAAUCUCAGCUGGUAUUGUUUUUACCACAGAGUUGGUGUGUGUGUGUGUGUGUGUGUGUGUGUAAAUUAAAAUGUGUAAUUAUGUACAGGAGGGAGGUUUAAACUGUGAUUAUUGUACAAAUAAUUGAAAAAAACCAAGGCACAUACAGCUCUUUUACCACCAGGCCUUUUUUUUGUAAAAUAAAUAAAAUGUUAAAUUCCUCCUUAAGGGAUUUUUUAACUCUACUCAAGCUGUGACUGUUUCUACUGUGAUUUGUUCUUUUAAAUAAAUCCGUCUGAUGCAUUUUCUUCCUUCCCUUUUGCUCUUUUCCACUUUGUAAAUACUGGAGAAGGUUUUUUUUGACUGGUUUGAGAUGAAAUGUAAUUUUUGCAUACACACUUUUCUGCUGGAGGUGAUGGGGUUUAUGUGAGCUCACUAAAGCAAAAUAAAUGUGAUUUCAACCCUUCUAAA